GAGCAGCGGUGGAGCGUAGCUGCCGCCGGACACUCACCGCUCUCUCUAAAGGACAAUUUCCGGCCUGGUUCCUGAGGUUCCCGCCGCAGCCCCAAGGAGAACAGCAGCUAUUCUCCGCUCUUUUUUUUAGCAUUCCAGGUCUUUCCCGCUUUUCUGCCCAGCAGGGCCUGAAACGACAGAAGAGACUCACCUGACUUGGCCUUUCUCUGCGUAAGGAUGGAUUCGCCGGUUUCCCGGGACCCACCCGCCGCAGGCCUUUAGAAUUAGGCUGCUGCUUUUAUUUAAAGAGGGCUUAGAACCCUCAAUCUGUUAGGUAGACGUUCUUUUUCUCACUUUCCAGGCGAAGACUCACCCCUGCACAGAGACUGCAUCUGAAUGUGCAGGCCAUGACAAAGUCCACCGAGCCACGGAUUCCCCUGGUUGUCGGCCUGUGAACAAAGAACUGCCGUUUUCUCCGUUUUGCCCUAUGUUCGCCAUGCAGAACUUUAAUUCCCGAUGAAGCUCCGGAGGCAUUUUGUAUCCUCAACAUCAGGCGUCAUCAAAUCGAGCUGGAGCUUAGCAGAGAUGGAUUAUUAUUUAAUCCUCCUAACAACCCAAUGAGGGAAAAGUUCAAUUAGAAGACUUACUUCACCAUCUUGAGAAAGAAGGGAUUGAACUCCUUGCCUUUACAGAAGAACAACUCUACUUUGUCUGGUGCUUGUUACAGCAAAGACAGGCUGAGGACUGCUACCAGAAAUCUAGAAGAGCUGUCAGGGAAGCACAUGGAAGAAAUUAAAGAAGUAGAAAAUUAUGCAAACCGUGUCUGUAACUUGCCAGAGGAAAAGGAAGCAUUUUCUCAUGGUUACGAAAAGGAAAGCAAGCAGCCUAGACAUGAGUUUAAAGGGCUCCAACUCAAACCGGAAGUGCAAAUAAAGGAGGUCGAAAUAUUGUAUCAAGAAGGCUUGUCUGAAAUAGCUCUGAGCAGCCCUAGUGAACAGAUUGCACACUUACUCAUGGAAAGAAGUACACUCUUGAGGAAACUGGAACGAGGGGAUCCCAAACCAGAAUCACAAAGAUGUCUGAGCAGCAACCUACAGAAAGAAUUUCCCCAGGAGAAAUUUGAACAAACUCACCAGCCUCUGCAAAGGGAACAUCAGAAACAUCAAGAACUUGUGCAUCAGUUUAAAAAAAGUCUGAGUGAGUCCCAUGAUGAAGACCCAGAAAAAGGUAAAAUAUCACAAAACUGCAGAGAGAAAGAUAUGGAACAAGUAACAAGGAGGUUAGGGAUGGCCCACGAAGAGAUCCGAAGGCUCACUGAUGAACUGCAAGGGAAGGAGAAAGAACAGAGUAAAUUAGAUUCUGCACUUGAGAAGUCUCAACUAGAAAUUGAGAAAUUGAAAGAAAAUUUGAUAAAGGUGAAAGAAAAUGACUCAGUUGACCUACGGAAAGCAAAGGAACAUAAUCAGAGACUGGAUGAGGAAAUUCUGGCUUUAAGAAAUCGAGUUCGAUCACUUGACUCAGAAAGAAAGGUACUUGGAGAAGAGGUUGAAAGGCUUAAAGGAGAAAUUUGUGAAUCUCAAGAGAAUAAGCAACUUGGAAACCACUCUCCUGGAAAAAUGGUGGGUGCUGAACAGAAAGUAGAGGUAUUAAAAUUAUGUUCUUUCUGACUUCUAAUUCUGAAGUGAGUUGCAUUUCACAAGAGUGCACCAGAGCAAUAGGCGUUGAGCAUUUGCUAUUCUCCUCUUGCCUGCCUUUUUCUAUUGCUUUGCCAGGGAGUAUGGAGGAAGAAAUUGGGGUACAGAGGAUAUGUUUCUGUUCACUUCCUCGCCACAGGGAACAAUUAAUAUGAAAAAUAUAAUGGGUUUCGUUAAAGAAAAAAAGACUCUUACAAAGAUACAACCAACUUGGACAUUUUUAAUCAUCAAAAUGAAGUUGCCUUACAGAAUCAACCAGUGAUAGGGGAGUGGGUAGUUGGAACCACAUAUCAUAGAGAACUAAUAUGGUUUAGGCUCCAGUGUGCACAGCAUCUAAUCUUUUCAGAACGAUCAGCCUCUGAAGGGGUGGGCAAAGUGAUCAAACACAAGGCAGAUGGAAGCAAGAGCCAGUGUGUUGUAGAGAGGGCAAUUUCAGAUAUUCAGCUCAAGGAGCUAGACUGCUUUGCCUUUCCUCUCACACACCUAAGAUGAGUGACAUCCCUGUUGCUGAGGGAUCUCCUUCACCAGAGCUUGUUUUUACUGUAACUCUCUGGGCCCUAUACCUCCAGCCUCCUAUGUAGCAAGGAACUAUAGCCACUGAUUUAUUGUUUCCCCGCCCAAGGAGCCUGUAUCCUUCUUGUCUUCCAGAACUCUCUUGUAGAUAAAUAAUGCAUUUUGUAGGAAGGAAGGGAGGAAGGGAGGGUG